AUGUCUCUCGAGGAAAUCAUUGACAACCUGCCUCCACGAUCCUGCUGCGACUACCUCAUCUCGCACUUCUUCAACUACAUAUUCCCACUCUUUCCGAUCCUCCACGGACCGACGUUCCAAAAACAGUACCGGGCGUUCCUGCAAAGCCCCCACGACACGGAUCUGUCCUGGCUAGCACUACUCUUCUCACUGUGCUCGCUCGCGCUAAGCACCAUGGACGAGAGCGAUCCUCGGCUGUCGUCCUUUUCGUCGGAAGAGUCCGCGGGGCCUUCUGUGACCGUGUCUGCCUCGCGUCGUCUUCUCCAGACGGCCAUGGCGUGUCUCUUACGGGAUGACUUUUUUGUGCGGCACAAAUUUAGCACGUUUGAGGCGCUGCUCAUGGUCAUUUACAGCUUUUCACACAAUGAAACGGUGCAUCAGGGGUGGGCGUUGCUCGGCAUGGCGCUGAAUAUCGGCAUUGCGCUGCGAUGCAACAUGGACAAGAACCUUGGCCCCGUCGAGACGGAAAGGCGGCGACGAUGCUGGGCUGGCCUGCUGACGCUGCACACGUACCAGGGCAUAUUAUUCCGCGACGUGGAUUUCUCCUAUCUGCUGACCAUCAAAGCGUCGCUGCCAGCAGAUGUCAACGAUGGAGACAUUACCGAGCAGGGUGUCGCGCAGCCGUGCGUGGGCGGCGGGUAUACGCAAAUGUCGGUCAUGAUGUGCAAGGUUCGGCUGUUUCGGCUCUCGACGCACAUCUGCCAGCACAUAUCAGGGCCUUCACAACUAGACCCAAACAUGCUGCACAAGUUUGACGCCGCCAUCGCCGCCGAGCAGGCUCACUGGGAUGCGACGUUCAUGGUGGACGGCUCUCCGAGCGUGUUGGACUCUACAAGCUACGCGUACUGGUGCGUCUUGCAAACAUACGCGCACCAUCUAUAUCUCCUCAUACAUCGGCCCUUCCAUCACUCCAAGACUUCUUCCUUUCGUCCAGCCUCGCGGGCAAGAUGUAUUAGCUCCAGCGGGGAGCUGCUAUCGAUGCACCGGCAGAUAUACGAGAAGCCGCUGCUCCGGAAUUAUCUCUGGCUGCUGAGCGGGGUGACGAGUCUGAAGGCGCUGCAUGCGGCUGUGGCACUGAAUUCUUGCCUCCAAGACCCGUUGUCGACACAUGAUCGGGACCUCGAGCUAGACACUUGCCGCGAGGAGAUUGAGGGCCUGACGCGCCGAAUGCAGGCACUUUCCGGGCGAAGUAACAUUUGUGCUCGGGCGCAUAGAAUACUUGCCCAUUUACAGACACAGGCAAGUGCUGGAAACGCCGCACCAAGGAGCCCAGGCUUCCAGUUUGACAGCUUGCUGGAAGACUGGGCUCAGAUGAAGGAAUGGAUUGACACUGAUAUGAUUUGUUGGGAGUCUGGAGUGAAGCUUUGA